AUUGCUUUUAUCCGUUGUAUCUGGCGCUGCUGCUCAAGAUCGAAUGGAUAGAACUGUGGAACACUUGUACCAUCGAAUCACUAGAAAAUCAUUUCAAUUCUGUUCGAAGUAUCAGCGACGUACUGAGUUUCGCAAACUUUGCGAACUUCUUCGUCUACACUUGAAUCAAAUACAGAAGCAUCAGUAUCUCGCCCAUGUAAACUAUUCCAGAGUGAAGCUUAGCUCUCCCGAAUCGCUUUCUAUGAUGCAAGAAACUCGACUAUGUCAACUAGAUACGGCAAUACAAAUGGAACUCUGGCAAGAAGCUUAUAGAAGUGCCGAAGAUGUCCACGGUAUGAUGCAGCUGAGCAAAGAUAAAGACAAACGUAUGGUAAAACCAGCUAGUUACGUCAGUUAUUACGAUAAGCUAGCUUUGGUAUUCUGGAAAGCCGGUAAUAGCCUAUUUCACGCCGCAGCUUUGCUACAGAAGUUUAUCAUCUAUAAGGACAUGAAAAAGUCGUUUACCGCCGAUGAGGCUCAAGAACAAGCUAGCCGCGUUUUGCUCGCCACUUUGUCCAUCCCUGAUGGCGCCGAUGCUCCAUCGGAUCUUACUCGUCACCUCGACAUCGAGGAUCAGCAUCUCACCAAUAUAAGAUUGCUAUCCAACCUGUUGCGUUUACCUAUUGCUCCCACUCGAGCAGGUCUGCUGAGAGAAGCUGCGCGUCUUGGUGUACCGGAUGUUGCGUCAGAAUCCACUAAUGCCUUGUACAAGCUUCUCGAGAACAAUUUCGCUCCCUUGAGGCUCGCGCAAGAGGUAGAAGCACAGCUAGUAAAAAUCGAUCGCCCAGACCAUCUCCAAUACGUGGAUGCGCUGAAAGAAGUUGUGGCAACGAAGGCGCUGAAACAGAUAUCUGUUAUUUACGAUUCAAUAAGUUGGAGUAGAGUGCAGAAGAUCAUUCCUUUCUACAACGAAAUGGAGUUAGAGCGUCUUGUUGUG